CUAUUUCUUGUCAAGAUGCUGCUCGCUAAUUUCAAUAUGCUAGCAAGAGGCUCUUCAGCUAUCGCCCCAAUACUCGCAAAAUUAUCUCCCUUACUCUUAAAACCCCUCUUUCAACUAAGAUUCUUCUCCAACACCUCAUCCAAUAAUUUUCAACUACAUUUAUCCACUAUUAUUUCUCAGAAAUAUAAAACUCUACCUCCAGAUCAAAAAGAAAAGAUCUCCUUCACAUCCUUCAAAAAAAACUAUCUAUCCAACAUUGAAGAACAGAAAAAGAAGGACAAUGUUCAACUAUUAAACUCAGAAAUUGACAAUAUCAACUCAACCAUAAAAACUAUUACAACAGAUUUACAAAAUUUCAAAAAGGUUCCUGCCGACAAUUUAUAUGCCACUGUCAACAUCCAAAACUUUCCCUAUUUAAUAACUAAAGGCGAUUUAAUCAACCUACCAUACAACUUAAGACAAGUUGAAGUCGGUACUACAAUCAAAUUGAACAACAUUUCCAACCUCGGAUCAAGAGACUUGUUCUACCGGCUACCUACAUCCAAGGAAAAAAAUGUCACUGAUCUCUAUUUGGAUAACAAGAUUUCCGAAUUGAUCGAAAUUAAAGCUGUUUGUAUCGAGAAAGCAAAGAAUAAAGCGAAACAUGUAAAGCUCGAAAGACAAAGAUGUAGGAAAAAUAGGGCUUUUAUAACUAAAUUGCCAAAGACAAUUCUCAGAAUCAAAGAGUUGAAAAUUAAUAUCGAUUAAUUUCUAAUAGUUUCAAAUAGUUUCAAAUAAUUAUUAUAUUUUAUAAAAGCUCUGUAUAUAACCAUAAAUAAACAACUUCCAUAUAUCCUAAAGCCCAAUAAACUUUCUAGAAUGCCCACUCCAUUUUACCAACUCCUUC